AAUAGAAAGAGAGAGAGAGAGAUGUGAUAACAGUGACAGAAUUGUUCUAUGAUGACAACCGGAUUAAUGUUUGACGCGCUGUCAUAUUAAAGAAUAGCCACAUUACAAAUCCGUGUCGGACACAUCAGAGUCAGACCGAACCUCGUAGUCAACAUCUUCGCGUGUGGAUUCCAACUUGAAGAAGAAUUUGGGCGGUUAAUUACGUGUCACAGGCUCUGCUGGCUCUGGCAUCUCCCUCUGGACCUGGGGUGUGUCGGGGGCUAUGGUGAGGACAUGUGCCUCAGCGGGAGGACUGGAUGUCAUGGAGGAGAUGUAUUGGGUAAAGUGUUGGAGAGAGGAGGGCUGGGCACAAAGCUUGGAAAAGAGAGAAGACUGGAGAGCGGGAGGGCGAGAGAGAGAGGGCAGGGAACCAGGACAUGGCUGGGGCAGGAGACAAGGCUUGGGAGAGACCUGGGUCGAGGCCUGGGAGGCUGGUCAUUCACCCUGCUGGUCCUGCUCCUCCUACUCUCCCCGGUGUUCCCCCAGUGCCCUGACAGCUGCCACUGUGUGUGGGAGAGCAGCAUGGUGCUGUGUACGGACGCUGGGCUCCGUGAGUUCCCCCAAGGCCUUCCUCCGGACACCGUCACCCUCCACCUGGAGAGGAACUACAUCCGCUCGCUCCCCGAGAGCGCCUUUAGGGAGCUGACCCACCUGAGGGAGCUUUACCUCUCCCACAACCGCAUCGACACCCUCUCCUCCGGGGCCCUGCGCCACCUGAGCUCAGAGCUCCGUCUCCUGGAUCUUUCACACAACCUGUUACGCCAGGCCAGCCGGGACGAGUUCAGUUCCACGCGGGCCAAGACGCGCCUCUACCACAACCCGUGGCACUGCGACUGUACCCUGCAGGAGCUGAUGGAGACGUUAAAUCUAGAGCCGGAGACGGUCAACGGGAUCGUGUGUGAGAGCUCGGUGAGGAGCGCCGGGGAGGUGAGUCGCUGGGAGGAUCCAGGGGGUGCAGGGGAGCACGCCGGUCAACCGCUGGUUAAAUUGCUUGACUCUGGGGUGAACUUCUGUAAUCUCCAGCGGAAGACCACGGAUGUGGCUAUGCUGGUGACCAUGUUCGUGUGGUUCUUCAUGGUCAUUGUUUAUGUGGUCUACUACGUGAGACAGAACCAGGCUGAGACCAGAAGACAUCUGGAGUAUCUGAAGAGUUUGCCCAGUCCAAGGAAAACAGUCACGGAGACAGACACGAUAAGCACUGGUCUCUGAACUAUUUAUUUAUUGCCUUUCUUUAAUCAGGUAGGUUAUUGAGAACACAGUCUCUUUUACAAAAACAACCAAGAGAAGGCCUACGAAAAGGCCGUAGGGACAAUUCAUCUCUCUGUAUUGGGAUGGAGCUUGUUAAUUGAAAAGGGACUAUCUAUAACAACUUUGACUUUAAUUAAAUGAUUACAGCAUUUUAUUUUUGUAACUACUUUUCCAUAAUUAUUUAUAUAUUUUUGCCCUACAUUUAUACAAAAAAAAUGAAGGUUUUUGUAUCCACACAGCUUUAACACUGUCCAAAUGGAGAGGAUGACCAGAAGAAGAAAGAAACAGAGAAGACAAUAUUGAUCAGCACCUUUCAUCAUCAAUACUGGUGGCUUUCAUCAUCAAUACUGGUGGCUUUCAUCAUCAAUACUGGUGGCUUUCAUCAUCAAUACUGGUGGCUUUAUACUGGUGGCUUUAUACUGGUGGCUUUCAUCAUCAAUACUGGUGGCUUUAUACUGGUGGCUUUCAUCAUCAAUACUG